AAUAGUAGUAUUGAGCGAGAAGAAGAAAACCAAAGGUUGCGGAAUCUCUUGUUACGCAAUCCCCUAAAUCCAUCACACCAAACACAGACAACUCUCAAGGGAGAUGGAAGUAUACCGGAUAAAAUGGACGCAUUCCCCUCAUGCUCCAUAAUCCCAGCAUCAAUGCCUAUCGCAAAUGCUUCCUUUCACCAUUGGCAUCUAGCGUAACCCCCUAACCUAGUCAGCACUUAGGGUUACUCAUGGCGUCGUCGCUCAAAUAUACUGUCCACCAGUACGGCACACACGAGCUGCAACGGCUAGGGGUCUGGGACCUCGACGUUGCUGAUAAGACUCAAACUAAAUAUUGGAUCGUAUUCAUCCACGGCGGUGCAUGGCGCGACCCUCGCAUAGCGCACGACACCUUCGCGCCGGUCGUAACGCGCUUCCUUGAGAGCAGUGGUACCGGUGGUGGAUCUACCGGUAGCAUCCCUGUCGCCGCCUUCGCCUCCCUCGAUUACCGCCUGAGUCCACACCCGGAGUUCCCGCAGGACCCGGCAACUACGCCACCGGAUCGCUUCCGCGGCGCCAAGCAUCCGGACCACCUCGAUGACGUGCGCUCCGCGCUCGCGUUCCUACAGAACCGGUAUGGCUUUGGGAGCAGGUACGUGCUUGUUGGACACUCGGCUGGCGCAUGUCUUGCGUACCAGCUAUUAGCGGGAUUGUCUAGCAUCGAAGACGUUAAGGUAGAAUUCCCCGCUGCUGUGUUCGGCGUCGAGGGGAUCUAUGAUAUGACGGGCUUGAACGUACGGGUCGGCGGCGGGUAUGCGGGGUUCCUAGAAGGGGCAUUCGGGCCGCAGGAUAAGUGGGAUGAAGCGGCGCCGAUGAAGUGCCCGGGGAGCUAUGGCGAUUGGUACCCUGACGGGUUGGCUGUGUUGGGACACUCGGUAGAUGAUGAGCUGGUGGAUAUGCCGGAGACGGAUGGGAUGGCGGAGAGGUUGAAGGGGGAUGGUGUUGAGGUGUUGCUUGUGAGGGAUCUUACGGGGCCGCAUGACGAUGCUUGGCAGGAUGGCAGGGGAGUUGCUAGGAUAGUGUUGCGGGUUUUGGAUAUUCUACGGGAGAAGGCUAGGUAGUGAGAAGAUGGUAUAGGAGGGUUAGCAGUAGUGUGUAUAAAUAAGAGCGAUAGGGGACAACAAGGCUGUUCUGGUGUAUUUGAUAGGUAUGAGAUACGAUUGAGCAGAAUAACGACCUGCUAGUGUUUGCUUACACUUCUUUCAUAUCGGCCCUCUUCAACUACUAUCUCAGUUCC